AUGCCCCGGUGCCUCCCAGCGGACUCGGUGGGGACCAUGGCUUCGCUAAUGCCCCUCUCUCCAUAUCUAAGCCCCACAGUCCUUCUGCUGGUCAGUUGUGACCUGGGCUUUGUGCGAGCAGACCGGCCUCCGUCUCCUGUGAAUGUGACAGUCACUCACCUCAGAGCCAACUCGGCCACUGUGUCCUGGGACGUCCCAGAAGGCAACAUCGUCAUUGGCUACUCCAUUUCCCAGCAACGACAGAAUGGCCCUGGGCAACGUGUGAUCCGAGAGGUGAACACCACGACUCGGGCCUGUGCUCUCUGGGGCCUGGCUGAAGACAGUGACUACACAGUGCAGGUCAGGAGCAUUGGCCUCCGGGGAGAAAGCCCCCCAGGGCCGCGGGUGCACUUCCGAACUCUCAAGGGGUCUGACCGGCUACCCUCCAACAGCUCAAGCCCAGGUGACAUCACAGUGGAGGGUCUGGAUGGAGAGCGACCACUGCAGACGGGGGAGGUGGUCAUCAUUGUGGUGGUGUUGCUCAUGUGGGCUGCUGUAAUCGGGCUAUUCUGCCGUCAGUAUGACAUCAUCAAGGACAAUGACUCCAACAACAACCCCAAGGAGAAGGGGAAGGGACCGGAACAGAGUCCUCAGGGAAGGCCAGUGGGGACAAGACAGAAAAAGUCACCAUCCAUCAAUACUAUUGACGUAUGA